AUGAGCAACCGCAGUUACACAGCGGAUACUGGCUACCCAAGUGACUACGAAGCAACUACUACUACAUACGACACCCUUGGCACAAAUUAUGAAUCGACCGGCACGACAUAUGAUCUCACAGUCGGCUAUGACAACCGUGACGAAGCCUAUGCUCCGUCGGGCUACGGAACGUCUGACAACGGCACCGAUGCCACCGGGCUCACAUAUGAUGCCGACGCAUAUGACACCGGAUACGGCACAACAGCAUACGACCCCAGCACCGGGGCAUACGAUCAACAUCUCGACUUUCGCGCCGGUGACGCGCAACGACACCACCGCGAGCGCCUCGAUCCCAGCGGCACAUAUCGACACCGGGAUGUUGACCGCCGAGAUGACGGAAGCACCCACGUCCAUCGGGAAUACAUGAACCCUAAUACCGGUACCGCCUCCCACCGGGACUAUGAGCGAUAA